GCUACUCCUCUCAUUGUCAGCGUGCGUUACCGCUGCUGUGCUGUUCUAGCCUGGUGUCAACCUACGCCGAACGAGAGACGAAGAAGAAGAAGACAUAUCCUCACCCCCCACCCACCUCCUUACCUCCAGCUUCCUGGCUGCUUCCAAUUGGCCUCUGCUCCCCUCCUGGGCGGGCAUCAUUGGCUCCCAGCCUUGCCAGUCAGUGUCGCCCUCCUUCCCCCAGCCUUGAGUUGUGUGGAGAGCAGCAGCAGCAGCAACAGCUCGGAAACAUCUGGCCGCCGCAGAGUGCUCGACUCCCCGCGUCCCUGCCCUGCCUGCCUGCGCUCCUUCGUCCUCGACAGCCUGUUAUGGAAAUGAACCCAAAGUCAGUCUAGUCGGCUGAGGGGAAGAAACGGAGGAGACGGCGGACCUCGCUGCCUAGCGGGCGGGCGGGCGGGCGAGCAAAGCCGAGCGAGGCGAGAGAAGAGAAGGAAGAGAAGGAAAGAGCAGCAGCAGCUCCUCAGCCACAGUGGAGUUAAUCAAGUUGAUGCGUACCGCUGCAGGUUAUGAGGACAGCAGGAUGGAGUUCCCCGACCACAGCAGACAUUUACUACAGUGUCUGAGCGAGCAGCGGCACCAGGGUUUCCUGUGCGACUCCACGGUUUUGGUGGGCGAUGCCCAGUUUCGAGCGCACCGCGCCGUCCUGGCUUCGUGCAGCAUGUAUUUCCACCUCUUCUACAAAGACCAGCUGGACAAGCGGGACGUGGUGCACCUCAACAGCGACAUCGUGACGGCUCCUGCGUUCUCCCUGCUCCUGGAGUUCAUGUAUGAGGGCAAGCUGCAGUUCCAGGAUCUCCCCGUAGAGGACGUGCUGGCCGCCGCCUCCUACCUGCACAUGUAUGACAUUGUCAAGGUGUGCAAGAAGCGGCUGAAGCAGAAGGCCACGGCGGAGGCGGACAGCACGCGCAGGGAGGACGACGGCGGCUCCAGUUGCUCCGAUAAGGCGGACAGUCUCUCGGAUGGCUCCACGGGGCGGCCGGCCACCGCCGAUCUACUGCACAGCGAUGAAGAAGAAGAGGGGAAGACCGAGGGAGCGCCGCUGUGGUUGAGGCUGCCGUCGGCCGACAGACCGGGGACGCCGGCGAUGGCCACGACGAGCCCCGGUCACGGUGAGGCGGAGCCGCAGGGCGGCGAGGGGCUGGCUGAAGGCACCAAGCUGCUCUCCCCGGCCGGAAGCCCCUCCAGCUCCACCGGAUCGCUUUCCCAGAAGUCUCACCGCUCGGCAGGCUCCCGGGGACACCGUGGCAGGCGGGUGUCCAAUGACGCCGCCGACUGCGUCCUGGACCUGUCAGUCAAACCGACGGCCGGCAGUAACCACGGCAACCACCACCCGACGUUUUUCAGCGGCGCAGCCACGCCAGACAGCCUGCAAAGCCCGUUGGCGGUGAGGGUGAAGGUGGAGAGGGGUGUGGCUUCAGAUGAGGACGAGGACCUAGGGGGCGGGGACUAUGAGAUGGAGCACAGCGGCAUCGCCAAGGCCACGGCUCCCAGCGCUAACGGGGGCUUGACCCACCACGGGGUCGGGGGUCCUCUGUCGGUACAGAGGAGGCUCGGCUUGGAGGCGCACCUGUCGGCGCUCCGAGAGGCGUCGCUGGCGUCCGAGCUGGAUCGCGAUGAGAAGGCCCCCGCCGCCGCCGCAGACAACGAGGACAUACUCAGCGGCGAGAGCGAGCGCGCCCAGGCCGAGGCGGCCAGCAUGGACAGCACGCUGCUCCCGUACGUGUCCAACAUGCUAUCAACGCCGCACACGCAGAUCUUCAUGUGCCCGCUGUGCAACAAGGUGUUCCCCUCGCCGCACAUCCUGCAGCUCCACCUCAGCUCCCACUUCAGGGAGCAGGAGGGCAUCCGCUCCAAGCCCGCCGGCGACGUCAACGUGCCCACGUGCACCAUCUGCAGCAAGACCUUCUCCUGCAUGUAUACGCUCAAACGCCACGAGCGCACACACUCCGGCGAGAAGCCCUACACCUGCACCACCUGCGGCAAGAGCUUCCAGUACUCACACAACCUUAGCCGCCACGCCGUGGUGCACACGCGCGAGAAGCCGCACGCUUGCAAGUGGUGCGAACGCCGCUUCACGCAAUCGGGGGACCUCUACCGCCACAUCCGCAAGUUCCACUGCGAACUUGUCAACUCGCUGUCGGUCAAGAGCGAACCGCUGGCGCUGCCCAACGUCAGGGACUGGGCCAUCGAGGACAGCUCGCAGGAACUGUGGAAGUAGAGGCGCGCUAGUGACGUCCUUUUUCCACAUUUUGGGGGAGGGGGGGUUGUUUGAUGAGUCAUGUUCUUGUUUGUUGCAAAAAUCUCAUUCAAUUGCACUUUAAUAGCACAUGAAAAUGUUACUACUGAGUUUUUCAUCAACUAAAAAGGGGUUUUGAUUUUAUUCUGGAUUUUUAUUCAGAGAAGGUCUUGCCUGUUUGAAGGGUUAAAAAAAAAAAUCGUAUUAUUUAACUUCUGUGUUUCAUUUCACAACACUCCGACUCGGACAGACGCCAUGCUCCACAAGAGAAAAAAAAGCAUCACGAUACACUAAACGGGUAUCACGAUACCGCCGCAUACACUUUGAAGAAGUGUGUGUGUGUGUGUGUGUGUGUGCACACUGCUACGGCAACACCUGAUGUGCACGUGUGUGUGUGUGUGUGUGUUAAUUAGAUGUUCCACUGGCACGGAGGCGCAGCUAGCGUCGUGGUGCGUUCAGGGCGAGUCGAGCGACUGACAAACUGAUGGCACUCAUGCAAUGCACAGCCUCCUUUUUAGUUUUUUUUUUUUGAUUAUUUUAUUCACUUCCAAUCAAUUUGAAGAAUUUUCUACAAAUUUUACAAAUGAUUCUAAUAAUUAUUAUUAUUAUUAUUGUUAUUAAUUAUGAAUGAAUAGAUUUGUUGUUUCUGAAAUCUAGCUGGCAGUCUUUUUAAACUUGUUGGAAAAGUAUUUAAUUUAAGGUUGUAUAUUGUUCUGCUAUAGUUUUAAUUCUUUUUUUUUUAAUUAUUAUAAUUAUGAAUAAUUUUAUUUUGUUACAUUUUUUGUUUUUUUUUUUGUAACGGGACCUGCUGUUGCUGCAUGAUGUCCAAACUUGUAUAUUUUAAGAUUUCAUAAAAAAAAAAGAAAUGUGAAUUUGCUGUGUUACUGUACACAUAGUUAUUGAUCAAAUAUUUGACAAUGGGCUCCCUUCUUCUUUUUUU